GUUGUGUGUAGUUGGCCAAAAGUUUGUGCAGUCCUGCAACUCUGAAGUUUAUAAAACAUUUUAAACAAAAUGUUCCGUCUACUGUUGCUGCCACUUUUCUUCUUCACCUUGUCGAUGGUCUGCAUGGGACAGACGUUUCAAUACUCCAGAGGCUGGACUAAUGGCAAGCGUGCUUCAUCUCUAACGGCAACGCCUUUGAAUAAUGGUCAUAAUGUAGGACUGGCGGAUCUCUAUGACUUUCAGGAUAGCCCCAUUGAUCGUAGAAUGGAACGCUGCUUGAUGCAGCUGCAGCACUUUUUACAUCACGCUCCUGGCAAUGGAUUUUCCAGACCGGAGCCGGAGCGUGACUCAGAGCUACGGGAUAUGAAAAUACGCAGUAGAAUUGUUGCCAACAGCAAUCACAAUGAUAAUAACUUAUUCACCAGCCCAAAUCGUCAAUCAAAUGAAAUCUUUGAGGCGCUUAAUACCUCUGGAAGUGAUGCUAUUGAUCCUAAUGAUUAUAACAAGCAUUAAAUUCACAUGAACACAACACACAGCGUUAAUACAUUAAAUACAUACAUACAUAUAUUGUUA